UUCUCUCCUAUUUACAGGUAUCAAAAUAUGAUCAUCUAAAAGGGAGCUUCUCAAUUCUAUUAUCGGGACAAAAAAACAUUAUUUUCUAGCUGACACCACACCGGAUUUAGGUGUUCUUGCUGUUCAGUUUAGAGCUAUGAUUAGAUUUCGUUAUGAACGUGUCAAGAGAGAUUGGUUAUACGCCUUUUUGGGCAGACAGUACAGUUCAGUGGAUGGAGGCUCCAAUGAGACAUUUGAACCAACAAAAAGAAUAUGCAAAAUUCUGAUGCAAUGUCCAAAAGUUGGCCUAGAUACUGCCCUUGAUCAGAGUGGAAUUAUGAUUUCAUCUAAUGUUGUCGAAGAAGUUCUUCAGAGAUUUCAGAAUGCUGGUUUGCUCACGUACAGAUUCUUUGAAUGGGCUGGUAAGCAACGCCAUCAUCAACACAGCAUAAAAUCUUAUCACAUAAUGAUCGAGUCUCUGGCAAAAGUAAGGCAAUAUAAAAUAAUGUGGGAUCUCGUGAACAUCAUGAGAAGCAAGAAAAUGUUGAACAUCGAAACAUUCUGCAUUAUUAUGAGAAAAUAUGCUAGGGCCAAGAAAGUUGAAGAGGCAGUCUACACCUUCAAUGUGAUGGAGAAGUAUGACGUGAAACCAAACAUUGCUGCAUUUAACGGACUCUUGAGUGCUCUAUGUAAGUCAAAAAACGUACGAAGAGCCCAAGAGAUUUUUGAUACUAUGAAAGAGCAAUUUCGUCCCGAUUGGAAAACAUACUGUAUAUUACUUCAAGGAUGGGGGAGGGCUCCAAAUCUUCCCAAGGCAAGGGAAAUUUUCAGUCAAAUGGACUGCGAUCCCGACAUUGUGACUUAUGGGGUAAUGGUCGAUAUCCUCUCUAAAGCAGGAAGAGUUGACGAAGCAGUCGAAAUUGUUAAAGACAUGGAUUCAAGAGGCUGCAAACCAACCUCAUACAUUUAUAGUGUUUUAGUUCAUACUUAUGGUCUAGACAAUCGGAUUCAAGAUGCAGUUGAUAUUUUCAUCGAAAUGGAAAGCAAUGGUAUUAAACCGGACGUGGUUGUGUAUAAUGCUUUGAUUAGUUCGUUUUGUAAAGUAAAUAAGUUUGAAAAUAUAUCCAGGGUAUUGAAUGACAUGAAUCUGAAGGACAUCACACCAAAUUCAAGGACCUUUAACAUAAUCCUUAGCAACUUGAUAGAUAAUGGUAAAACAGACGAAGCUUUGAGGGUUUUUCGUAAGAUGAUGAAAAUAUGCGAUCCUGAUGCGGAUACGUAUACAAUGAUGAUAAGAAUGUUUUGUGGGAGGAAUGAGGUUGAGAUGGCUGAGAAUGUAUGGAGGUAUAUGAAGUCGAAGCAAUUUGUUCCGAGUAUGCACACAUUUUCUGCACUUAUAAAUGGAAUGUGCGAGGCGGGGAAAGUAUCCGGAGCUUGUAUUUUAAUGGAGGAAAUGAUUGAAAGAGGAAUAAGUCCGUCGAAAGUGACUUUUCGAAGGCUGAGACAGUUGCUUUUGAAGGAAGGGAGGGAAGAUGUGCUUGAAUUUAUCAAUGAAAAGUUGAAUCUUAUGGUUAAGGAGCCAUUAUGUGAUUGAUUGAACCAUAGUCCUGCUGAUUGCAGUGACUAAAGAUCAACUCUAAGCUUUGUUUGAUGUUGUGUUAUUUAUGAUUUUUAUUGGAUCCACCACUAUAUAAUAAUGAGUUUUUUUUCAUCA